UCUCUCUCUCUCUCUAAGCAAGCCCAAUUCUUCUUUGUAUGGUGAGAAAUGGCUUAUGCUGCUCUAGUUUCACUUGCACAAACCAUAGACCAAAUCCUGAAUCAUGAUCAAUACACCAUUUCACCUCAAGAAAAACAGCAAAUCACACUUAUCCACGAAAACAUUACUUCCUUGCAAGCGUUUCUCGACGAUGUUGUCGAGAAAGCCGAAAGAUUGGAAGGGAGAAUUGCUGAUGUAGCUAAUGAAGCAGAAGAUAUCAUCGAACACUUCAUGUCCGAACAAAUUCGGGCACGUCACGGUUUGGUGAUCGAGUCGAAUAUCCAACCAUCGAAAUGUAAGUUCAUGCCAUGUAUAAGGGGCACUAACCGUACUAUGUACAAUAAUCAGCUUCUCGACUUGAAAAAAGUAAUAGACGAAAUAGAGUCUAUAGCUCAAGCGACGAUGGAAAUCAAGAACACCUCCAACAUGGAGGAUUCUCCGCUCGAUGAUUCUUGGUAUCCCGGUUCUUCAUCAAGAACUGUAACCACGGCGGGUGAUAUGGUUGGUUUCGACGAUGACUUGAUGGAAAUUAAGACUCGUCUUUGUGGAGAAUCAUCGAAACUCCAGGUCAUUCCUAUCAUAGGUAUGGGUGGUAUUGGUAAGACAACUCUUGCUAGAAACGCUUACGAUGAUCAACUAAUGGUGCAACGCUUUGACAUUCGUGUUUGGGUUUCUGUAUCACAUGACUAUAGUCCGACAAGAAUUCUUUCGGCCCUCUUGGUAUCCAUGAAAACAUUCAUCAACCAAGAAAGAUCUGAAGACAGCAACGAAUCGAAGCAGCAAAGGUUUGAAGAAGAUAACAUUGAAUCGGAGGAGCAAAUAUCUGAAGAUGACAAUGAAUCGCAGAAACGCAGGCAAUUGGAUAUGUCAUUGAUGGCGGAAAAAGUGUAUAAGAGCUUAAAGGGUAGGAGAUAUUUGAUAGUAAUGGAUGACGUGUGGAGUACAAAGGCAUGGGAUGAUAUAAGGAACAUGUUCCCCGACGACGACAACGGGAGUCGAAUCGUGUUGACUACAAGGCUAUCGGAUGUGGCAUCUUAUCCGGACCCUUUUACCCCUCUUCACGAGAUGCACUUCAUGGACACGGAUCGAAGUUGGAGCCUCCUUCAGAAGAAGGUAUUCGCGGGCCAGGAUUGCCCCCACGAGCUGGAGAGAAUUGGAAAGGAGAUUGCCAGAAAUUGUAGAGGACUACCCCUCGCGAUUGUUGUGAUCGGAGGGAUCCUAUCCACUAUAAGUAGGACUCGCGCUUCGUGGAGUGAAAUAAUGAGAAACGUGAGCUCGGCUUUUGCCACGAACAACAACGGCCAAUUUGAGAAGAUAUUGUCGUUGAGUUACACCCACUUGCCACAUCAUCUAAGGCCGUGUUUCUUGUACAUGGGAGGUUUUCCGGAGGAUUACGAGAUCCAUGUUUCGAAACUCGUCAAAUUAUGGGUAGCCGAGGGUUUCUUGAAGCCCCCACCGGAUAUUGGACGUAAAAGUCUCGAAGAGAUUGCCGAAGAGUACUUGUUGGAUCUCAUCAAGAGAAGUCUUGUUUUGGUCACCGGGACAAAAUCCAACGGCCGGAUCAAGAGUUGUAGCGUCCACGAUCUCGUGCGGGACUUAUGCAUAAGAAAAGCCCAACAAGAGAGUUUUUUUGUGCAAGUCGUGGAUAAGCACGUUUUCUUAGAGAGCGUAAAAUAUUUGCGCCGUGUGAGUACUUCUUAUUCGAAUCUUCGUUACCGUUCAAGCAUUGUCCGUACUAUUAUGUACUUCGAUCAAAGAUCCGGGAGUUCAAUAGAUUCGUCACUAAAAUUUAGAUUGUUGAGGGUGUUGGAUGUCGAUAAUUCUUAUAUCUACUCAGAGUUUGUGCCACUGCCUAAUCAGUUGUUCGAGUUGUUUCAUUUACGGUACCUUGCUUUAGACUAUCCGACAAAGAUUCCAACAACCAUAACAAACCUUAAGAAUCUUGAAACAUUAGUUAUCCGCCCGAGGAAGACAUUAUCGAGGAGAUCUUAUUACAUCACUAAUUUGCCUUUGGACAUUUGGAGGAUGCCUAAACUAAGGCAUAUUUUUUGCUUCUACAUUGGACAAUUGCCCGAUCCAGAAGGAUCGGCAACUUGUGGUUUAGAGAAUCUGCAAACCCUUUCGUCAUUAACGAAUUUCGUAUGUGUUGAAAGGAUCAUAAAAAUGAUCCCGAACCUCAAGAAACUAGGACUUGCUUUUUGUACGAGCGAUAAACCUUAUGAAGAUAUAGAACACUAUUGUCUCGAGAAUCUUGUGUAUCUUCAUCAACUCGAAAAGUUGAAAUUUGUGGUAGAAUCCGAUUUUCCUUCUCCGGUGAAGCUUCAUUUUCCCGUUUUUCCUAUGAAACUAAGGAAAUUGACGUUGAGUGGAUGGAGACUGCCUUGGAAAGAUAUGACAAUCGUUGGUUCGUUGCCUAAUCUUCAAGUGCUUAAACUGAGAGAAUCGGCCUGCGUAGGCGACACGUGGGAAACGAUUGAAGGAGAAUUUCUCGAGCUGAAUUUUUUGAUGAUCGAGGAAUCGGAUCUUCGAAAUUGGAUAACCGAAAGCAGCCACUUCCCGAAUCUAAAGUGGCUGGUGAUUCGUCGUUGUCGGUAUCUGAGAGAGAUUCCAGACGGCAUUGGAGAAAUCGCGACGCUUGAAUUGAUUGAGGUCGAGAUGAGGAACAAAUAUCUCGUGGAAUCGGCCAAACGGAUUCAAGAGGAACAAGAAAGUUUGGGCAAUGAUGCCCUUCAGGUUCGUUUCGUGCAGUAAUAUGAUCAUAUUUCCAUAGUUUUGUAUUUUGUUGGUGACAAUCAUAUUCAUGAGUCAGCUCAACAACCGCUCAGACUGCAAUAUGUCAUAUCGAGAUUUGAUCGAAUCCAAUGUUUUGUUUCAAUAUGGGACCUUAUCUCAUCUUGUACUUUGCCUUUGUUUAAGCAAACGUACGAUCAUUUUAUAUUUGGAUUCCAGGAUUCAGCACGAAGAUGCAAAGGAACGAUGAUUUUUUGUUCCGUCCCAUUAUUGUUUUUUAACUGUUUUAACGAACUACUCUUAUGUUUAGUAGUA